UGAUAGAUUAGCGACAUCUAUAAGCUGCACCAAAUCACAAAUAUUCUUACUAAGAAAACAAUUAAAUAGUUUCUGUUCACAUUAAUUUAUUUUCCCCUUCCCACAUACAAUACCCUCUCUCUCUCUCUCCUUUAAAACCAAGAAAGCCAUUAACUUCUCCCAUUAGACAAAGAACAAAAGAAUCGUAAAUAUGUCAAACCCAUCUCUUUCAUCCAUAUAUUUUCUACUUCUCCACCACAUCAAACCCAAAUCUUGAAUACAUACAGAUCAAAGAAAAGGAAAGAUCAAAGAGAAAAUCAUAUAUACUAUAUCAUCUAAUCUUUACCAAUAUAUGGGGGCGGCUUCAUCGAGCAUCGUCCGAUCCGAACCUUUUGCCGGAAAGUUAUGCGGCCUCGAAGAUGUGCCUGAGAACUGUAUAACAGCAAUGUUCAUGUACAUGGAGCCACCGGAGAUCUGCCUGCUUGCUAGGGUAAAUAAAUCAUUUCAUAGGGCGUCGAGAUCCGAUGCCGUGUGGGAAGACAAGCUUCCUAGUAACUACAAGUUUCUGGUCCGAAGAAUUCUUGAAGAUCAACAACAAGUAGGAGUAAAAGACAAACUUAUUUACCGCAAGAAAGAGAUCUAUGCAAGGCUUUGCCGACCAAACCUCUUCGACACCGGCACAAAGGAAGCAUGGUUGGACAAGAGAAGUGGGAAAGUGUUUUUGGCGAUAUCACCAAAGGCAAUGAAGAUAACCGGCAUUGAUGAUCGCCGAUAUUGGGAACAUAUUUCUUCCGAUGAAUCCAGAUUUGGAUCAAUAACUUAUCUCCGGCAAAUAUGGUGGUUAGAAGCAGUUGGAAAAAUCAGAUUCGAAUUUGCACCCGGAAAAUACAGUUUACUUUUCAAGAUACAAUUAGGCAAACCUAUUAGAAAGUGUGGGAGGAAAACAUGUAGUUUGGACCAAGUUCAUGGCUGGGACAUCAAACCGGUCCGGUUUCAGUUGUCUACAUCGGAUGGCCAAUGCGCUAUGUCGGAACGACAUUUGGAUGAGUCGGGGAGGUGGGUUUAUCAUCAUGCGGGUGACUUCGUCGUAGAGAAUCAGAACUCACCCGUUUGGGUCAAAUUCUCUAUGCUCCAGAUAGAUUGUACACAUACCAAAGGUGGUUUAUGUUUAGAUUGUGUGAUCAUAUGUCCAUUUGAGUAUAGAGGGAAAUACAAAUAUUCCGAUUAAAUGUUUUUAGAGGUUCUGUUGAUAUGUUAGUUUUUUUUUUGGGGGGUCAAAGAUAUGAUUUUUUUUAGGAUAUGUGUUUUUGUCAAUACAUAAAGUCUGUAUUGAUUACGUAAAAAUGUGAAUUUUUUUGCAGAUGCAGUUCUAGUUGAGAAUGUUAAGAUAUUGUACUAUAUAUGAUUUAGAGAUGUCGUAUAAUAUGUAAUAGUAGAAGAAUGUUAAAAAGAUGUAAAACUCUUUCAGAGUUAAGAAGUUGAGAAAUUUAGAGAAAAAAAUUUGAAAAAAAU